AUGACAUCACAACGUCAUUGAACAACUUUUCGCAAGAAAUCGACUUGCCUCUAGCAACUUCCCCUGAAAAUUUGUUGGCAACACUGAUUUGAACCGUCAAGGCAGAAGAUCUACGGUGACGGAAAUGGAUACAACAGCUCUGGUCUAUAAGAUACUCUGUGCCCAUAAUGGGUAUUUUGAGCUGGAAGAAAUGCGUGCCAACUUUAGCACGCCAGAAGAUGACCUGGAGAGUGUUUUAGGGAAUCAGGAUAUGUUUACCAGUGCUGUCUUUGAGGGAAACGAACUGAUAUUUGCCAAGACGAAGAUGCGGUUAUGCAGAGACAAGGAAUGUAAUGGCUGCAGCAAUUUACAUCUGUGUAUAUUCUACCUUUAUGGAACGUGUCGAUUCAAUGAGGGACAACGAUGCCGCUUCUGUCAUGAGCUGACGUCAGAAUACAACAUCAGAGUCCUGAGAGAGCAUCACCUGGAGAAAUUGGACAGGAGGGAGCUGUGUGUGUUACUGCAGCAGAAUGACAACACUCUCUUACCCCCAGUUUGCUUCACAUACAACAAAGGUAGUGGAGAGUACGGAUACUGUCCUGACAAGGAGAGCUGCAGAAGACUCCACGUCUGUGAGCGCUACAUCAGAGGAACCUGUGCUGCAGACGUGGACUGUGGCAGGUCUCACGACUUCAACGAGCCCCACCCGCUCAACACCCUGCAGCAGAGGGGAGUACCUAAUGAACUGGUGGCAUCCAUGUUGUACACCUACCGCAACAUCCAGGCCAUUCAGUAUGAGGAAGGCUCUAGACCUGUAUGUCAUCCUCCUCCACCACCCCCUCCCCCACAAACAUAUUUCCCGGCCCCCAAUGUUGUCCAAAGAGAGACCCACUACAUCCAUUUGCAGCCAAUCAUAGUACACUCACAAGUGACCCCUUCAAUGCUCUGCAACUUCAAGUUAAAAUCACGUCCCUUUGUCCAGACCAAACCCAAGAGCCAUACUAAGCCAUCCUCAUCAGCUUCACACCAAUCAAAACCCUCUAAACCACCUACACCAGCUCCACACCAAUCAAAAUCCUCUAAACCACCUACACCAGCUCCACACCAAUCAAAAUCCUCUAAAGCGCCUCCACCAACUCCACAGCAAUCAAAAUCCUCUAAAGCGCCUCCACCAACUCCACAGCAAUCAAAAUCCUCUAAAGCGCCUCCACCAACUCCACAGCAAUCAAAAUCCUCUAAAGCGCCUCCACCAACUCCACAGCAAUCAAAAUCCUCUAAAGCGCCUCCACCAACUCCACAGCAAUCAAAAUCCUCUAAAGCGCCUCCACCAACUCCAGCGCAAUCAAAAUCCUCUAAAGCGCCUCCACCAACUCCACAGCAAUCAAAAUCUUCUAAACCGCAUCCACCAGCUACACACCAAUCAAAAUCCUCUCAACCAGCUCCACAUCAACCAAAAACAACCAAAGCUCCUCCAUCAGCCAGGCGAAGAUGAAUUUUUGCAGAAAUCAUACAGUACCAGUCAAAAGUUUGGGGACACCUACUAAUUUCAGGGUUUUUCUUUAUUUUUUUACUGAUUCCUACAUUGUAGAAUAAUAGUGAAGACAUCAACUAUGAAAUAACACGUAUGGAAUCAUGUACUAACCAAAAAAGUAUUAAGCAAAUCAAAAUAUAUUUAUCAUUUGAGAUCUUCAAAGUAGCCACCCUUUGCCUUGAUGACAGCUUUGCACACUCUUGGCAUCCAUCUUCAUCCAGUCCAUGCUUCUACAGAGUCACUCAGUCCCCGCAAUUUACAGUAGUUUUUGUUUUUUUACCUUGACCUUCUGAAAUUAUUUAUUGAUUAAUCUAUCAAUAAUAUGUAGAAGAUGCAUAUAAAACUAGCCUCAUUGUUUAAGUGCAACUUGCUAUAUAGGAUCUUAAUUUGAUCACAGCAGCAAAUGCAAACUUGUAGUUGAGGUUUAAAAGGGCUUCUAAAGUUUGUAAUUUCCACUUUAAAAUGUCAGACUUGCCCAAUCAAAAAAAGUUGUCAACCCCGACAAAAGGUAAUAAUAAUCCACAUUUCCUGUUGCUUCAGGAUUGUUUUCCUGCUGUGAAGAAACUGGUCAAAUUAAGAUCCUACAUCUGUAUCAUACUGACAAGAUAUACAGUACGUACAUGUGUCAGGAUUUGAACCCUUGGAGGUAGGAGAAAACUGAGACUGUUUGACAGGAACAUUAUCUCUCUGCACCACACCAAAGCUUUGGUUGUUAGAAUUUCAUGAUAUCUUGAUAGUUACAUGUGUUUCCUAGACUAUAUCAGAAGAGCGCAGCCUUGGCUGGAUUUUAACUCACAACAUUUGCGCUUCUAAUAUGUUUUUAUCAACUUUCUAAUAUAGAAAUGAAUAAAGUGUUUAUUGUGCAAAGUCCUUAUGUUUUGUGACUGACAUACUGGAUAUCUCAAGGCUAUACCCUGACAGAAUUUCAAAAGAAACAAAGCGAAAGUAUCAUUUCUCUACAGUGCAGUGACCAUUCCUCUCUGCCACCAUAGCAGUUGAAAUGGAGGUCAUACAUUUGGACACCACAGAAACACUUUUUAUAUACAGUACAAAUAGUAUAUGAAGUCAAACGCAUAUCACCUGAUCAGGGGUUGCUGGGCACAAAGGAUCACCUAACGAAGAGGAUUAACGUGUGAGUCCUACUGUACAGAUGUAGAAUCUUAAUUUGAGCCAGUUUUCUACAGCAGGAAAAUAAUCCUGCAGCAAUAGGAAAUGUGAAUUAUUACAUGGAUUAUAAUUAUGGACAUUUUUGUAGGGCUUGAUACAUUUUUUGUUAGUGCAAAUCAAGUUUGAAUUUUCAAAUUGGAAAUUAAAAAGUUUAGAAGCAUUUUAUUAACUCAAAUACUCUACAAAUGUCAAUUUCUUGCCAACGUGGUCUCAGAGCAUUUCAUAUUAUUCUGUACGUAAAUCCGAGACACUCCAUUUAGUAUAUGUUACGUUUCGUAUGGUAUGUAUUAAUUUGUGGAUGUCGAUCAUCCAUUUCGUGUGAUCUGUUACAAAUGACAAUUCACAUGAUAUGUUAUGAACUGCAAUUCGUACAAUAUGUUACAAAUUGUAAUACAUAUAAUAUGUUAUGAAAUGCAAUUCAUACAAUAUGUUACACAUUUUCCAAAUAUAAUGUAUGUUACAAAUUUGCAAACAUAUAUGUUACGAAUUCCAAUUUGUUGUGGCUAAGGUUAGCUAGGUUGCUAGCACUAACGUUAGCUAGCUGGCUAAAGGGUUAGGGGAAAGGUUAGCUAACAUGCUAUGUAGUUACAAAGUAGCUAAAACUUUGUAUGUAGUUGCUAAAAUUCUAAAGUUGUCCGUGAUGAGAUUCAAACACACAACUUUUGGGUUGCUAAACAUUUGCGUUAUACACCCAUCCAUCCAUUCACCCAGACCAACCACCCUCCUUUCGAUUUUGCCUUAAUGUAACUUCUAUCUUAUGUUACAUUUGGUAUGGUUACAUAUCAUACUAUGUUACGACUAGUCUAUUAGACCCAUUCUCAGCAACAAAAGAGUGAUCAAAUGAAGACGUCCUAAACUGGUAAAUGUGAAGUAGUACAGUAGGGCUCAUACACGUGCUCUAACACAUGCCUUUAUUGGUAAACAAACAGUCAACUUCAUCAAUAGUGCCACUGUAUUCAACCUUAACAGCAAUGAUUCCAAAUGUGUAAUGGCCAACGAACAAUCCAAGGCAAACAACGGCAGAAUAAAAAAAUUGGGUUUGGCUGGCAGGGCCAGGCUUUUGCCGAGGUAUACAUCCAGGCUUUGGAGUAUGAUUUGUCUGAGCUUUAAUAGUGGAGUUACCAUCACUGUUCUGUAUGAGGCACUGGGGGUAAACCUGAUACUUUUCAAAAACUACAAACACAUUGGGGUCUUGGAUGUUGUCCACACAGCUGUCAUAGAAGAUUGAUCCUUCUGUUUCUUUAGGAGGUGGUUUCACAUAGCUGAAGUUUCCCUCGGUGUAGUCUCCCACCAGCACAUGACAAACAAACAUGGACCUUGCUCCUGACUGGCUGGUGUAGCUGUGGGAGAACUUAGCAUCCCUUACAGUAACUUGUUUUUAGCCCCAUUAUGAUCUAUGAUCUUCACAGACAUAAGCAAGCACAUUUUCUGUGCCAAUUCAAUAGUUAUUCAUUUGAAUUAAUGGAAAUAUUGCAUAUACACUGUAGUGGCAUCCCACUUUUUCUGUAGGCAGUUCUAUUUGCUCCACAUAGUCUCCAGUCAAUGGUGUCUCUGCAAAUACUGUCAACAUGUUGAGUCAAUCCCCCAAAAACUGUUUCUCAUUGAUGCUUCUUCCUGAGGAUUUGAUCAUCUGAGCAUGAAUUAACCUAUUUCAGUGUGGAAUCAUUUACAAUUAGUAAGACUAACAAAGGUGCAAUUCAAAUGGUAAAUUCCAUAAGUGAAUAUUGAUAUAACUAUCUCUUUAAGAAACCUACAGUGUAUACAUUCUAUUGGCCAGAGUUUAGCACUCUCCCAACAGUGGGUUUGUGAACCCCCACUGUCAUUUUCUCAAAUGUUCUUGUGUACAGCUUUGUAUUGCUUUGACCUUGACCACAUUACUCUCUGAUGAAAACAUAUUUACAGUAAGACAAAGUCAUCAUAUGCUAAUUUAUAAUAUUACAAGCUUAUGUAAGAUACUGUACAGUAUGCUAUAUGCUUUUUAGUUCCGUUUUUUGUGUGCUUGUUGAAGGCAAGACCACUCAAAAAAAAAACGUACAUACUCUUAUUAGGUUUCAGCAAGGUAUCUUGCUGAAAGCAAGGCCAUUCUUGCACUCUUACAUACUCUUAUUAGGUGUGCUUGCUGAAAGCAAGGCCAUUCUUGCACUCUUACAUACUCUUAUUAGGUGUGCUUGCUGAAAAAAAAAAUCCUAUUUGCCUUCCUCUGCCAUCUGUAGUGCCAAAACCGUAAAAGCUACCAACAUCAAAACAACUUUAAAAUGUGCAUGCUGACUGUUUUAAUUUUGCUUGAAAACAACUUUUGGAAACUACUUAUACUUUCCACACUACAACCAUAUUUGCAUGAAUUCCAAUGUUUCAAUGGCCAUUGGAUUGAAUGGGGAAAAUUCUGGUCGCUACUAGUUUUCAACCGUUAAACAUAGAAAUACCAUUCAAACUUUAAAACGUGCAGACCGGUCUGGAAUAGUGUGCUUGUGUACAGCUUUUUGAUACCGUUUUUACUUUUUUAACUAUAACCAUUUAAAAUUUGCAUAAACGCUCCAAAGGCUUAAAUGUGAGGUAUUUGGAUUAGCCACUGCUCUUGAAUCCUUAAAGAUGCAAACACCAAACCAACAUUGACAUAUACAGACUGACUCAACUUAGAUUGUUGAUGCCUUUUGUACUUUUUGAAAUAUAACCAUAUAAAUUAGCAUAAAACCUCCAUAGACUUCAAAGGUCAAAUUUGGAUUUGCCAAUGUUCUUGAACCAUUUAAAAAAGAACCAGUGUUAAAAUGUGCAGCUUGUCAAUAGAUCAGGUUGAUUAUAUUUAGACUUUAUAAACUAUAAAACUUUUUGCAUCACCAAUCAUUUUCUUUUCUUUUGGUAAGAUUUUAUUUUUAUUUUUAUUUUGGUCUUGACAUAGGCUGCAGUCCAAACACGUAAUUUUUACCCCCUCAGCUCUCGCGCUAGCCACUUUCCCUCAGGAGAAUCCCCAUCAAAACCGGAUGCAGUUUGAUUGCCAUUUUAAGUGGAGGUCUAAUUCACAAACGUUGCCCCCUCUACCCUCGAUUUAGCUAGAGGGAGCAAGUGAAGAACUUUGAUCACUUGUGGGGUUAAUAUGACCCACAAUUCAGUAAAAACUGUAGUCACGUGUCAAAGUCCGGUGGCCGUGCAGUGUCCAACUUAAUCAACAUGGCUGCAUUUUCGCCAUUUGUGAGCUUGACAAUAGCUUGCUAAAAAUAUAUAUAUAUAGAUUGAAUUGAUUUUAGCGUUGGCAAAUAGGAAUGAUGCUCAAAUUGUCUUAGUCUAAUUGUGAGGAGCCUAUAAAAAGUAGCUAGCUUCAUAUACAGUGGGGAGAACAAGUAUUUGAUACACUGCCGAUUUUGCAGGUUUUCCUACUUACAAAGCAUGUAGAGGUCUGUAAUUUUUUAUCAUAGGUACACUUCAACUGUGAGAGACGGAAUCUAAAACAAAAAUCCAGAAAAUCACAUUGUAUGAUUUUUAAGUAAUUAAUUUGCAUUUUAUUGCAUGACAUAAGUAUUUGAUCACCUACCAACCAGUAAGAAUUCCGGCUCUCACAGACCUGUUAGUUUUUCUUUAAGAAGCCCUCCUGUUCUCCACUCAUUACCUGUAUUAACUGCACCUGUUUGAACUCGUUACCUGUAUAAAAGACACCUGUCCACAGACUCAAUCAAACUUCUCCAACCUCUCCACAAUGGCCAAGACCAGAGAGCUGUGUAAGGACAUCAGGGAUAAAAUUGUAGACCUGCACAAGGCUGGGAUGGGCUACAGGACAAUAGGCAAGCAGCUUGGUGAGAAGGCAACAACUGUUGGCGCAAUUAUUAGAAAAUGGAAGAAGUUCAAGAUGACGGUCAAUCACCCUCGGCCUGGGGCUCCAUGCAAGAUCUCAUCUCGUGGGGCAUCAAUGAUCACGAGGAAGGUGAGGGAUCAUCCCAGAACUACACGGCAGGACCUGGUCAAUGACCUGAAGAGAGCUGGGACCACAGUCUCAAAGAAAACCAUUAGUAACACACUACGCCGUCAUGGAUUAAAAUCCUGCAGCGCACGCAAGGUCCCCCUGCUCAAGCCAGCGCAUGUCCAGGCCCGUCUGAAGUUUGCCAAUGACCAUCUGGAUGAUCCAGAGGAGGAAUGGGAGAAGGUCAUGUGGUCUGAUGAGACAAAAAUAGAGCUUUUUGGUCUAAACUCCACUCGCCGUGUUUGGAGGAAGAAGAAGGAUGAGUACAACCCCAAAAACACCAUUCCAGCCGUGAAGCAUGGAGGUGGAACCAUCAUUCUUUAGGGAUGCUUUUCUGCAAAGGGGACAGGACGACUGCACCAUAUUGAGGGGAGGAUAGAUGGGGCCAUGUAUCGCGAGAUCUUGGCCAACAACCUCCUUUUCUCAGUAAGAGCAUUGAAGAUGGGUCGUAGCUGGGUCGAAACGAAACACACAGCCAGGGCAACUAAGGAGUGGCUCCGUAAGAAGCAUCUCAAGGUCCUGGAGUGGCCUAGCCAGUCUCCAGACUUGAACCCAAUAGAAAAUCUUUGGAGGGAGCUGAAAGUCCGUAUUGCCCAGCAACAGCCCCGAAACCUGAAGGAUCUGGAGAAGGUCUGUAUGGAGGAGUGGGCCAAAAUCCCUGCUGCAGUGUGUGCAAACCUGGUCAAGAACUACAGGAAACGUAUGAUCUCUGUAAUUGCAACAAAGGUUUCUGUACCAAAUAUUAAGUUCUGCUUUUCUGAUGUAUCAAAUACUUAUGUCAUGCAAUAAAAUGCAAAUUAAUUACUUAAUCAUACAAGGUGAUUUUCUGGAUUUUUGUUUUAGAUUCCGUCUCUGACAGUUUACGUGUACCUAUGAUAAAUAUUACAGACCUCUACAUGCUUUGUAAGUAGGAAAACCUGCAAAAUCGGCAGUGUAUCAAAUACUUGUUCUCCCCACUGUACAUAUUUUUGGGAAUUCUGAAAUGUAUUGGAAUAAAUUACAUAACUAUAAAACUAGCUAGCCAGCUAUGGGUAACGGUAUACCCUGAUGAAGACAGCAUGUCUGUCGAUACGUUGGAUAUUAGGUUAUUAAAUUAUUGCAUUUGAGCUCCUAGUGUGCGGCUCUCCUUUUAAUGUUUUAACUGUAGCUAGCUACCUGACAGGAGUGCUACGUUAGCUUGCUAGGUGCAUUAAUAGCUUUAGGUUGGUUGUUUUUAUGCUCAAAAUUACCCACAUAAAGGUUAGCAUAGCUAGGAGCGAAUGUGGACCCCAUCGAUGUUCCAUUCGUUUGGAGGUAACGUAAACUCACCUCAUUCCGUACAAAUGUGCGAGGCUACAAAGAAAACGAAUGGGACUGUAGUGACUGUGUUGACUUCAAAAUCGGGGGUGUGAACUAUGUUUCUAUUCAAGCGUUGAUCAACAUGGUAAUGGCUCUAUAGUAUUGGAGAAAAGUUGAAAAAACGGACCCUUCGUUACAUCGUGACGUGUCAUGUCGUAACGUACAGCACGCAUAAAGCAACUAUUUCCGUCUUACAAUCUCUCUCCACCAGGUGUAGCACUUCUCUCAUCGUUUAAAGACAAGACAUGGACAGUGACGGGAGUAAGGGGGGAUACCUAGUCAUUUUAUAAUUCUCAAAGCCGCUGUUUACUUCUAAGAUCACUUUAGCACCGCCCUAAAAACCCGAUUCAAAUUCGACACAAACCUUCAAAUAGGUAUGUAAUGACACAUUAUAUAAACUCUUUAUAGUGUUUUAUUUACAUUUUAGAGGCGAUAAGGUGAUAAGUUGGACAGAUCGAGUGAAAAAAAGCAAUUUCCCCACACAACAUCUCUCCUUCUCACCAUCACGCAUUAGUAGUAUUAGCGUUUGUUGCUGGCAUGUCAUGCAUAGAUUUGCUAAUCUUGCCUAUGACAAAAUCAUUAAAGUAAAUGGCAAUAUCAGUGGGUUUUUUGAUGAAUGAUUCGCUGAAUGAUGGAGCUGUUUGCCUUUUUCCCCAACAUGUCAUUUAAGGUGCUCCAAAGCUUCUUACUAUCAUUCUUUAUAUCAUUUAUCUUUGUUUCAUAGUAUAGUUUAUUUUUAUGUGUAAAAUAUAAAGUAGGGAAACUACACAAAUGUAGUUUGAUCAUUUUCUUGGGUUCACAGUGCAUACAGUACGCUAAUAAACGCUUGCUUGUCUUUCUUUUUUUUUUUACUAUUUCUUACCUUGACACCAUCACCAACAGUGCUGAAAGAAGAUUUAGUAAUACAACUACCAUGCACUAAAUUCUGGUAAUAGGACUCUGGGUUGUACCAAAUAAGUUUGGAUAGAGGACAGAUAAUGUCAUAAAAUGGUCAAUGUGAAGUUCUGAAAAAUGUUCCAGGAUAAUUUUAACAAACUUUGGAUCUAAACAGACCUUUGUCAGGUGUGUCCAUUAGUCUCCUCCCAUGCCACCAACAUUUACUUCUCCUCCUUUAGUACCUUUAGGGCCUACGGUAAUUUCAUGUUGUAUGUUUUAUGGGGAAGAUGAAAAAACGAAUUUCUAUCCAUCAAUAAAGUUGAAUAUGAAGCUGAUGUUUUUAUUUUGAAUGUUUGUAAAUGUAAUUUACAAGGAAUUACUUUCAUAUUUAACUUCUGAAAACUACAUUUCAACUCUGAAUCUGAAUAUUUAAAAAAAAUCUGUAUGUGAAUGCAAUUGCCUAGUUAUCAAGUUUAAUUGUUACUAGGAGUUGAACUAUGACCUUUGGCCUUGACAAAGAAAGAGAGGCCAGGAAUACUGGUAGAAAUGGGAUUCAUACUUGGAAGACUAUAAAAUAAUUCAACAAAAUAAUGUUGCAGGAAUGCUUAUUUUAUUUGUGUUUAAUCUGAGAUGGUUGUUGUCAUGGCUUGCUGAAAUAAAAUGGAAAGACCAUACAUCCCAAAUGAUAUUGUGUUUACAUAGGGGUGCAAAUUUAUAAAGCUCACAAAAGCUCUGAAGAAGGCCUUGAAUGCCGAUAUGUAAAGCUUAAUAAAGGGCGGUGAUACUGGCAAGAA